UUUAAAACUAAGAGAAGUUGACUUCCUCUUCUAGCUCAGUUUGCAGAAGUAAACACCAGAGCACAAAUGGACGGCAGCGUUCAAGGCGGCAAAGCGUAUGGCCUCCUCAAGUCUCACCAAGAGGAAAACCUGAACGCCAUCAAUGAGGCUUUUCUGUCCGAUGAGCAGUAUGCAGAAGUGGAAGACCUCGCAUUCAAGCUGGACAUGUUUAAACAGAAAUACAUGGAGUUUGAUCUCAACGACAAAGGGGACAUAGACAUGAUGGGCUUAAAGCGAAUGCUGGAGAAACUGGGACUGGCCAAGACUCACCUGGAGUUGAAAAAGAUGAUGUCGGAAGUAGUCGGAGGAGAAUCCAAGGAAACCAUCAGCUACACGGAUUUCUUAGAUAUAAUGCUAGGGAAAAGACACGCCAUUUUAAAACUGAUUCUGAUGUUUGAAGGCGGGAACAAGGAGGAGAAGAGACCAGAGGGACCAGCUUCUCCCAAAACCUUCUCGCAACUACCCUGAAGCACCUUUCACCAUUAAACUCCAUAACUAAUACAUCAUAGGUUCUCCUUAUUAUUAGGGACAGGCAAUAUAAUCGACUAAUAUGGCCGAUUGUGUGGAUUGAUUCAUCUUGUCUUGGCGUAAAAAGGAGUGUACUACUUGGCUUGAACCAG